GAUCAGCUAGGAUAGCAAUCGUGACGAGAGGCGCCAUCCAUCGGCAUUGGCAUCGUCGUUGGCGUGGUGAGAAUGACAAUGACAUGCAUUUUAAGGUGAUCUACUGAAGUACCUUGCUUGUUUAGCUAGGCAUCAUUGCUGGACGUUGACGGAGCUGAAAUAGAGCGUAAUUUGAGGACGGCGCUUUAGGAAAGGGACUGGCGAUUGAACCGUGGACGACUUUUCUGCAAACGCAGACGGAGGGGGGCACGAGUUGAGGCAUCAUGGGGGCCACACUUCCUCCCAAAGAGAACAACUUGUUCAAGCUCGUUGUGAAAUCCUAUGAGACAAAGCAGUACAAGAAGGGGCUGAAAGCAGCGGAUCAGGUCCUGAAAAAGUUUCCAGAACAUGGAGAGACUCUGGCUAUGAAAGGCCUGACGUUGAACUGCCUGGAGCGCAAGGAAGAAGCGUACGACUAUGUGCGGAGAGGUCUGAAGAACGAUCUGAAGAGCCACGUGUGCUGGCACGUUUACGGUCUGCUGUACCGGGCGGACCGCAACUACCGGGAGGCUGCCAAGUGCUACCGCAACGCCCUCAAGCAUGACCCGGGCAACAACCAGAUUCUGAGGGAUCUUGCAAACUUGCAGGUCCAAUUGCGGGACACGGCUGGGUUUGUGGAGACCCGACGGGAGCUGCUGACCACCAAGCCCAACAACAAGAACAACUGGCUUGCAUUCGCGAUUGCCCAGCACCUGAGUGGCAGGCAGCAUGUGGCAGUUGAAAUCAUCACGGCUUACGAGAAGACUGUGGAGGAGUACCUUGACAGCGAACGUUACGAGCACAGCGAGAUGCUUCUGUACAAGGCUAUGUUGAUGGAGGAAGCGGGCCAGUUCGAGCAGGCCCUGAGGCAGCUAAAGGAGAACAGCGAUCAAAUCGUUGACAAGCUGUCCAUCCGGGAGCAACGCGCUGCGCUGCUGCUGAAGCUGAACCGCAACGCUGAAGCCGAGAAGGAGUACCGGUACCUACUGGCCAUCAAUUCCGACAACUACAACUACUACCGCGGUUUGGAGGCCGCACUCGGACUUCAGGCGUCGUCCGCAGGGACAUGGGACGACAACCAGGUUGCGAAGUUGAAGACCCUGUACAAGGAGCUGCUAGAAAGGUUCCCACGAUCGGCUGCGGUCAAGAGGAUUCCGCUCGACUUCAUAGAAGGGGAGGACUUCCGAAAAGCAAUCAGCCAGUAUCUUCCAGCUUUCCUUCGGAAGGGUGUGCCGUCGCUGUAUUCGGAUCUGAAGCCGCUGUACAACCAGCCUGGCAAGGCCGCCAUCAUGGACGACGUGUUCAAACGGUUCGAGACGAGCCUGAGGGAAGAGGGGCGCUUUCCCGCCGAAUCAAGUUCGUCGUCAACAGACCCAGAGCCCCCUACCACCCUCCUCUGGACGCUCUUUCUUCUCGCACAGCACUAUGACCGCCGGCGGCUCUAUGACGUCGCGCUGGAGAAGGUCGAGGAAGCCAUCAAGCACACGCCCACCGUCCCUGAUCUCUACCUAGUCAAGGCCCGAAUUCUGCGGCACGGAGGCGACGCCCCGGCAGCGGCGGCGCUUGCGGAGGAGGCCCGGUCGCUCGACUUGGCGGACCGGUACCUGAAUAACGAGGCAGUGAAACGGUUCCUGGGUGCUGACCAGGUGGAGGACGCGGAGCGGACGGCGGCGCUGUUUACGAAAGACGGGGAGCAGCACAACAGCCUGUUUGAUAUGCAGUGUAUGUGGUACGAAGUUGCUAGCGGAGAUAGUCACUUGCGGCAAAGUGCCUAUGGGAAGGCGCUCAAAAAGUACCUUGCAAUCGAGAAGCACUAUGCGGACAUGAUUGAGGACCAGUUCGACUUCCACACUUACUGCCUGCGCAAGAUGACGCUGCGCGCGUACAUCAAGAUGCUGCGCAUGGAGGACCACCUGCACAGCUUCAAGUUCUUCUGCAAGGGAGCCGCAGGCGCCAUCAGGACAUACAUUGCUCUAUUUGACAAGCCGGCGCAAGGUGACAAUGAUGACGCCGACGGGGCGAACUCAGGGCUCAGCGCCUUGGAACGGAAAAAGCUGAGGGCCAAGCAACGAAAAGCUGAGGCGAAGGCAAAAAAGGCCGAGGAGACAAAGCGAGAAGAGGAGGAAAAGGCGGCAGCGGCAGCGGCUGCUGCGGCCGCAAAAGAGAAAGGCGGGAAGAAGCCCAAGGCCGAAGCUGUGAAGCCCGCAGAUCCGGAUCCGCAUGGCGACAAGCUGGCUCAGGUAGAGGACCCGCUGUCGGAGUCGGUGCAGUACCUGCAGCUGCUCCAGCAGCAUGCGGCGCAGGCCAUCGAGACGCACCUCCUAGCCUUCGAGCUGUACAUCCGGAAAAAGAAACUGCUGCUAGCACUGCAGGCAGUAAAGCGACUCGUGUCAAUAGAUGUUACGCAUCCGGACGUUCAUAGAAGCCUGGUCACUUUGUUCCACACAGUAGACACGUCACCAGCCCCCGACUCCGAGUCGGCUGAGCUGGUGCACCGCGUGAUUGCGGAGGAACGGAAAGAGAUCACAGCGCUGGCGGGGCAGUCGCUCCAAGAAUACAACGAGGCCUUCCUCAAGGAGCACUCCGGAUCUUUACUACAUCGAGCAGCCGCUGCGGAGGUUGUCGUGCUUCUAGAUUGUAGUCGAACGGCCGAGGCGGUCGGCAUCGUAGAAGAGGCGUCGGCGAGGGGGGCUGGCAAGGAUGAGGCCCUUGCAGAGGGGGUAAAGACGUGGGAGCUCAAGGACUGUAUACGAGUGCACCGGCUGUUGCAACAAAAGCUGGGGGAUGCGAAGGCGGCAGCCCGAUGGAAGGAGCGGUGUUCUGGCUACUUCCCGUAUUCCACCUACUUCCAAGGACCAAAAAGCUCUGGGGUCGUGGGCCUCCCAGUGUCCCAAGUGCAGCAUCCAGAGUUGCUGCCAGAGGAGAAUGCUGGGAAACUUGCAAACGGGGCGGCCACUGCUGUUGAGAAUCUCCAUAUAUAGAGGUCUAAUGAGAACCGCAAGGCUUGACCGAAGCAUUGAGAGGCCGUCGGAUGUUAGUGUCUUGCGGAUGGCGUCAUGAUGACGCAGACAGUACAUUGAAUUGAGGUCCCAUUGAAAGGCUAUGCGAAGCUAAGCCUGCAUUCCGAAUCCAUAAUUCAACCCGAUUUUGCACUUCAGCGC